AUGGUCAUCAUUGAGGAUCAAACACUCGCCAUGAUUUCAAUUUCGACAACGGGAGCAAGAUCGGUAUUGAGUGGUGCACUAUUUGGUGCAGCACUUACUGCGGCUGGGGUUUAUUCCCCUACGGUUAUUAUAUCACAGAUGAAAUUGGAAUCGUUUCAUAUGCUGAAAGUAUUUCUAUCAGCCAGUGCUACGAGCGCUGCAAUAUUCCUCCUCGCUCAUCGUCUAUCGCCGGCUCUUGCUCCUCCCCGCCAACCAUCUUCUCUAUCCCUUUUCCCCUACGAUGGAAAUCUCAUCGGAGGACUCCUCCUCGGUAUCGGCAUGGCUCUUACCGGAGCAUGUCCUGGUACCGUUCUUCCACAAAUCGUCACCGGAUAUCGAUCCGGAUAUUUCGCUUUCAUCGGUGGUGUCAUCGGAGGAAUCCUCUAUUCGAAAAUCCGCCCCUUAAUCCGUCGCUCAUCACCCACCUGUUCAACCCCCUCAUCAUCAGCAGGUCCCCCUUCCAUCAACGAUCCCAAACCCACCCUCUAUCAAAAACUCGACCCCAAGGCCGACGAAAUAAAAGCCGUAUACAUAUAUCAGAAUUUCUGCUGGGGAAUCAUUCUUCUCGCCUCUUGGCUUUCCAAAUCACAAGAGCAGAGUUUUCUACGUCCUACUUGGGGAGGGAUUUGUAUUGGGGGUGCACAGGGAGCUAGUCUGUGGUUGACGGGCAAUACGUUGGGGACCAGUGCGGCGUAUGAACAGGUGGGGGAUUUAUUUUGGUGGGGGGUUGAGAGGAUGAGGGGUGUUGAUGGUACUUUUUUGACUUUGAUGACGGGCCUGAAAGGUUAUGAAAAUGGGAAUGGGAAUGGGCAUGCGGAUGCGAAUGCACUCGCAAACGGAAACGGAAACGGAAACAGCGCACUAAAAUCCCCCCCUCCAUCAACCUCAACCCCAACCCCAACCCCAACCCCCAAACCUCGUCCCUCAAUCCGCGCAAACCUUUUCACCCUCGGUAUUCUUCUGGGCUCCUAUCUCCUCUCCCAAACCCUUACUCUUCCUCUUCCAUCUUCCUCUUCCCCCUCACCAAUCUCCAUCCCCAUCCCACACGCACUUCUAGGCGGGAUAGCCAUGGUACUCGGUGCUCGGAUCGCAGGUGGCUGUACGAGUGGACAUGGAAUUAGUGGCAUGAGUUUGUUGAGUGUUAGUAGUAUUGUUAGUGUGGGGGCUAUGUUUGGGGGUGGGAUUGUGUGGGGAAGUUUGGGGGGGUGA